CGGAAAUCAACCAGAAAACGGCAGAUCCAGAGUCAGGGUCGAGGGUUCGGGCCGAUGAUGGUGCCAAUUCUUUUUCGGGUGCGGCUCCUCGGAAGUUGAGAUCGGCAUCGGCGCUAUUAUUUCUUUGAGUCUUGCCUUGCUGGUUCGAGCGCAGUCCAGCUCAAUCCCGCUUCAGCCCAGCAUGAUUCGCCUUAUCCAUCGGGAGAGCUUUUUGAUUAGGCAAAGAGCUUGUCAUCUCCACGAGAAACUUUGUGCACUGUACCGCGUUGGCGACUUUCGAGGCGUGGUCGAUUUUCUCGACCCAGGAAUAGUACGGUGCAUAGUUUUUAGGCCCUCAGGGACGAACGACUAUGCAGCGUACAACCUUGGCGCAGUGCCUGAAGGGAGUCCAAACAUGGUACGGUGCAUGGGCGCUAUUCUCGUAGAGCCGUUCUAACGAAGGCCUCCCAGGAGUUGCCUCCCCUCGUCUUUCCCUUUGUGGGCCACCUGUUGGGGCCCUCGUUGCUGCGGCUGGGCUCGCCCGGGAGCCAUGGGAGGGGUCCGGAGCAACGGCGCGGGGGAUCGUCUUUUUGGCUCCCGGAGGUGGCGGCGGCGCGUGACGACCUGCAGCUGCCUGCACCUCCAAGACCCGCGCGACGGCACCCUCGAGGGCGGCGUCAGAACUCUCGGCGCAGGGGCCCCGCUGCGGCGGCGCCCCGCGGCGAUGAGCAGCAUCCAGGCGGCCAUCUUCAACGACUGCCAGAAGGGCCGGCUGAAGACGGGCGAAGGCAACAAGAGUUUCGUCGCCUUGACCUCCGGCCAGGAGAAACAGGGAGACAAGACCAACGAUGACUUCCACGAAAUGCUCCAGCGCAAGAGGGCCGAGGAGAAGCAGAAGAGACUCGCGGAGGGCGGAAAAGGCGGCGGGUUCAACGACCGCCAGUCCGAGGCCGACCGGAUAUGCCGGCCAGCCGCGGAGGAGACGAGUGCGGCUUCGACGAGUUCGGCCGGCGCAAGGAGGUUCCAGCGCGAAGGCGGCCGACGGGGCCAGCAAGACCAGCAAGGCGCAGGCCGCGCUCGAGCGGCUGCGCCAGCGCGUGUCGGGGAACCCUGCGAAGGCCGACGACGACCGAGGUGGCAGAAGUGGCAGAUCGCGGGGCGAUGCCCCGUCUUCGGGCCGCCGCGAGCGGUCGAGGUCUAGGUCCAGGACGGGGGACCGCGACCGCCGCCCGCGCUGAUGGCCCCGCCCGGGGAGGACGCGCGCCGUGUCCGGCAGUCCGCUCGGCCCCGGCCCAUGCACCGAUCUUGGACACGAGCUCGGUUGACGUCCCCCGACUUCUCGCACCCUGCGAGAGCUCCCUCCUGCUGCUACUCCUCAUCCUUCUUCUUCUUCUUCUGUUCUUGU